AUGAGCCAAGGCAGCUUUGUUGCGCAAAGGCUUGAAAAGUUGGGCACUCAGCUUCUAAAAUUGAAGCAAGAAAACAGGGAGAAACAGAUGAAUGCAGUGAUGCAUCAGAUUUUUCGCGGAGAACAGAUAGUUGAUUAUCUGAGUUCCGUAGAUUUAAAUGAUCUGGGUUGGGUUUUAAAUACGAAUAUCGCUGAAAGUGAAAUGAGGUUUGAAAGAGAUUCCCCAACUCUGGCUCCUUUUCUCCCUGCUGCUCCUUCUCUUGCAACAGCGUCACCUCCUGUUCUUGGGUCUGGGACUAGCCAUGUGGUUGCUCCAGCAGAUGUGUUUUCCGGGCAAAGCUAUCAAGGCACGGUGGGUAUACAAACUCCUGGAACUGCGUGGAGUUAUCAGAAUUGGGCUUUUAUGAAUGACAGUAAUCAGAAUGACCCAACUCAGGGGAGACCAGGUCCUAGCACCCAGUAA